UAGGAUUCCAAAUGACGUAUCCGGCGACAACAGCGAAACGAGCUGCCUUUAUAGCAGGCUAGUCACUGCCGUGACACCAUGAAGAUACUAUUGACCUUCUCCAUCCCCCUGUUAUGCACCUCCUUGGUCUGGUGUGGAUAUCUUGAAUAUGACCAAGAUGUCCUGAUUUCUAAGGACUGGACUCAUGAUGGUCGAGCUGAUGCCUCAGAUGAGCUGAAGCUGACCUUUGCCCUGAAGCAGCAGAACAUUCAUCUGUUGGAGGAAAGACUCAGGCUGGUGUCAGACCCAGAUUCAGCUCAUUAUGGAAAAUAUCUCAGUCUUGAAGAAGUCGCUUCUCUUGUUCGUCCGUCUGAACUCACCCAGAAAACGGUGCAUAGCUGGCUGCAGCAUCAUGGGAUUUCAAGCUGUCACACUGUUCACACUCAGGACUUUUUACAGUGCACCAUGACUGCAGAGAUUGCUGAGAAGCUUCUUCCAGGAAGUAGGUUUCACCAUUACGUCAGAGACGGCCAGUCUAUUGUGAGAUCCUCAGGUCCAUACGCUGUUAGCGACGAUGUUCACCAACACCUUGAUUUUGUUGGAGGACUUCACCGCCUCCCGCCUACAAAGAAAGACGGCAACAGGAAGCAGCAGAAGUUUAAAGGAGAAGUGCACCUCGGAGUGACUCCCGCCAUCCUGAGGGAGCGCUACAAUCUGACAGCAGCUGAUGUGGGAUCAGAUCAGGACAACAGACAGGCUGUAGCUCAAUUCUUGGAGCAGUACUACCACCCUGCUGACCUGGCCGAGUUCAUGAGCAUAUUUGGUCGGACGUUCAAGCAUCUGUCCGAGGUGGAUCAAGUCAUAGGCACCCAGGGUGAAGGAAAAGCUGGUAUAGAGGCCAGUCUGGAUGUGGAGUACAUCAUGAGCACAGGGGCAAACAUCUCCACAUGGGUCUUCUCUAAUUCAGGUCGUCACGAGUCCCAGGAGCCCUUCCUGCAGUGGAUUUUGUUGCUCAGCAACAUGUCCGACCUGCCCCGGGUUCACACCAUCAGCUACGGGGACGACGAGGACAGCCUGUCCACCGCCUACAUGAUGCGCAUCAACACCGAGUUUAUGAAGGCUGGAGUCAGGGGGAUCUCUCUGCUCUUUGCUUCUGGUGACAACGGUGCAGGAUGCAGGCACAUGGGUAAAGAUCAGAACACCUUCAGGCCCAGUUUUCCAGCCUCAAGCCCUUACGUGACCACAGUUGGAGGAACGUCCUUCAAGAAUCCGUUCAAAGUCUCCUAUGAAGUCACAGAUUACAUCAGCGGAGGAGGUUUUAGCAACGUCUUCAAGAUGCCGGACUACCAGGCCAGCGCUGUGGAGGCGUAUCUGAAGACCGGCACAUCAGCUCUCCCUCCUGCGUCCUACUUCAACACCAGCGGCCGGGCCUACCCAGACAUGGCGGCCCUGUCCAAAAAUUACUGGGUGGUCAUGGACAGAGUGCCCAUCCCCUGGGUGUCUGGGACUUCGGCAUCAACUCCUGUGGUUGGGGGCAUGCUGUCCCUCAUCAACGGUCAGCGGUUUGCAAAGGGCUUACCUGCCCUGGGCUUCUUAAACCCGCUCCUCUACAAGCUGAAGGGACAGGGUCUGUUUGACGUGACUGAAGGGUGUCAACAGGCCUGUCUGGAUGAGCAGGUUCAGGGGAAGGGUUUCUGUUCUGCACCGUCGUGGGACCCGGUUACAGGCUGGGGAACUCCUAACUACCCCGCACUGCUGCAGGCACUCCUGAAUGAGCGACCGGAACUCUAGUGUGUGCUCUGAGAGCAGCUACUAUGUGCAAAUUUUAACUUUUGAUCAGGUUCUUGGUGCCAAAAGAUGAGACAAGUGGCACUAGAAAAACUCUGGAUGAUUGCUGCUUUGUUCACCUCCGAAACCCACUCCAGGUUCUCCCAAUCCCUUUAAUCAUCACUGAAAAAUCUUUUUUUUUUACUGCACUGAAUUUUCUCCUGAAUCUACAGAAAAGUGAGCAUAAACAGAAAUCUGAGGCUUUAAAUUUUCGUGUUUAGAUUUUUGGGAACGGGAUAGUACUAUGCAAUGGAUCCUUUAAUGAGAACUGGAUUAUAAAUGAACACUAUACUGGAUGUAGUUAAUGAGAAUGUUUUAGGGGUUUUGUUUCUUUUUCUAUUAAAUGUUUUAUCAGGAUGA